AAGUGACCAUGAAGCCUGUGAUUUGUAAAGCUUAUGUCGUCUCGUCCGCAUGCUAGUUACAUCCUCGAUCGCCUUUAUCUGGAGUGGUUGCAGACUGCAGUUUUCCUGAAGGAAGAUGAGAGAAAUUCUUCUCACGCUUCUGCUAGCUGUCAGCACCUAUGCUUUUGAGUUCAGUUGUGGGGAACCGGUCCACAAACCAGACAUGGAUGAAAAGAGUAACAGUGUCAAUCCAUUCAGCUGGCCAUGGCAGGUUUCGUUGCAAGCUAAAAAAGGAAUUUCCUAUACUCAUACCUGUGGAGGAGCACUCAUUGACCCAAUCUGGAUCCUAACAGCUGGAAAAUGUAUAACCGAAGGUAUUAAAUACCGAAUUGUGCUGGGGAAGUAUGAUUUGACAUUGACCGAAGGUUCAGAACAAUACAUCGAACCCAUCAAAAUGAUUGCUCACCCAAUGUUUAAUCCAAAAUGUCUCACUUGUGGGUUUGAUUUAGCUUUGUUAAAACUCUCCUGGCCUGUGGUCUUCACUGACAAGAUCAGACUAUCGUGUCUCCCUUCAGCGGGCGAAGAACUACCAGAUAACUACACGUGUGUCGUGACUGGAUGGGGAAAACUCAAUGGAAACGGGCUUAAACCACGCAAGUUGCAACAGACGCUUCUACCUGCAGUCGACUAUAACACCUGCAGCCGGAAUGACUGGUGGGGCACCAAAGUGAUGGACACCAUGAUUUGUGUUGGUGGUUAUUCCAAGAAUGCAUGUGAAGGUGACCCAGGCAGUCCUUUGAAUUGUUUUGGUAGUGACGGCAGGUGGUAUGUCAAUGGAGUGGGAAGCUUCUUGGGACCUGUUAAGUGUAACACGCCGAAGAAGCCAAGCGUCUACACUCGAGUGUCUGCCUUCAAAGGCUGGAUUAAUGAUACCAUGAGCAGCAACUAAAGCACGGGAACAAAAGCUUCAAGCAAUCACGUACCUUUGAUCAAGAAUUAAAUCAGUCUGACGUUUUCUUGCUGAUUUGCACAGCAGAGACCUGAGCUCCAUGUUGUUAAGAUGAAUGUAAAGAAAUAUUUUCUACAGCUUAUACAUGAUUUUCUGGUGCAAAUGAACUGCAUUUCAUAUUAUGUUUGUUUGUUUGUUUGUAAUUUAUUCGUAGAGCAAUGCCUGUAUAGUUUUUAUUUUAAGUGCCAGGAUUUAUUUUACACUGACCUCACAUUACCAUUUUACCUCUGCAGAAGUUACUGGGGACAGCAUGUGAGUAGAAUGUCCAGAUUUUGGACAGAAAGAUGAGUGUGUUGCAAAUUGUCUUGCUGCUGUGUCGCCCACCUAUUUAUUUAUAAAGCUACGUCAGUGCUUGGUGUUGUCCUUCUGGAGUCGCCACUAGCUGUAGCUGUCUAGGCGACAAGGGACAGGUCAAGUGGUGAUUGAGCUGGUUCUCACCAUCUGAGGUGAUGGUCACCAACUCACAGGGUGGGUUUACACUUGCGCCCCCCCUCCCCCCCUCC